UCGUGACGUGGAUCGGUGACGCAGGUUCGCCCUCCAUCACCAGUCAAGCCCACUAACAGAAAACACCAUCUACAAGUCAGUCCUCACGAUUUAUGGAAAUAUGUAGUUAGCUGGCACCGUUCAGUAUAUUUCGAUAUCAGGAGAUUUAGUGGAGCUGGGCCUUUACAUGGAAAGUUAACAUGGGUGGCCAUGAUGAUGAAGAUAUGCCAUAUGUUGUAAACAAACAAAAACAAGACGAAGAGCUCAAGAACAAGCUUAAUGACAGCACUCUGUGGUGUGACCAGGAGUCCACUGGCAACAAUGCCAAGUGGGUCAAAGAAGGCCGGAACCAGCUGCGGAAAGUAGCCGAGAACCAACAGGACCAGGACCACAAUUGCAACAUUAGUCAGAAUGGGAACAAGGAUGACUUCCCGCACCAGAACACCACUCAGGAAGAACAACAGGGAAACGAGGAGCAGACCAAGUCUCCCAAGAUAGCAAUGACCCCUGGUCUAAGUCAGGAGGAGUCCAAGAACACCCUUUAUCAGCCGAUACUCAUCGAUACUCUGGAGUCUACAGAAGAGAAAGAGAGAGAACAAGAUGUGAAGGAGAAGGACAAGACAUCAGAGGAAGAUGAAGAGACAUCAGGUGACCUCCGAGGCGAGGCGGUGACCGAAGAACCAGCCAGCGUGGAGACUCAGAGAGAGAGCAAUGUUGUUGGGAGAAAUGCCUGCCUCCUGUUCUCCAACGUCAACGGGACACCAAAUGAUGAGGAGCCCAGCUGGCCGCCACUGUCUCAGGACAACCCAGCCGACAGCUCUCCAAAUGGCAACAAAGAGUCCUUUUGGGAUUCUAGUGCCUUUGAGACCGACACGGACCUGCCUUCAGGAUGGAUGAGGGUUCGAGAUACAUCCGGCACAUACUACUGGCACAUCCCCACAGGCACCACCCAGUGGGAGCCUCCGUCACCGCUGGGUAAAGUAGGCGACUCCAUGAUGUCCUCGACUAUGUCCCUGGAGACUACGCCCUGCGAGGAGACUGAGGAAUCUUGGGCUCACCUUUCCAGCACAGAUGAAGGAGUCGGUGAAGGGGAACUGUGGAAUGAGGAGGCUGAGGUUUCAUCUGAUCAAAGUCUUAAGGAGUUUGAAGGGGCAACUCUUCGCUAUGCAUCCAUAAACCUGAACUACAAUUGCUCCCAGUCUGAGGAAGAGGAGAAGCUUGCUCCGCUCUGCACAGAUUUAGAAACUAAGUGUUUUGCAGUGCGUUCCCUGGGCUGGGUAGAGAUGUCUGAGGAGGACAUGGUGCCCGGCAAGAGCAGUGUUGCUGUCAACAACUGCAUCAGGCAGCUUUCGUAUCACAAACACAACCUUCAUGACACUGCCGGUAUCUGGGGAGAGGGGAAGGAUAUGCUGAUGGUCCUGGAGAAUGACAACAUGAACUUGAUCGACCCACUGGGUCAGACUCUGCUUCACGCUCAGCCUAUUGGCAGCAUCCGUGUUUGGGGCGUCGGCAGAGACAACGGCAGGGACUUUGCUUAUGUGGCUCGAGACAACCUGACUCAAGUUCUGAAGUGUCAUGUUUUCCGCUGCGACUCACCUGCCAAGAACAUAGCCACCAGCCUACACGAGAUGUGCUCAAAGAUAAUGAUGGAGAGAAAGGCGAGCAGGCCGGGGUUGAGCAGACUCUGCUCUGACCCGAAUAACCCUGUGGUCAUCCCAAUUGAAGAGUUUCCUGCUCCAAAAAAUGAACUCUUCCACCGCUUUACCGUCUAUUAUCUCGGUUGUGAGGCUGUGGCUAAGCCAGUUGGUAUGGAUAUAAUCAACGACACGCUCGCAGCAGCAGUUAACGGCACAGUUAAAACUGACUGGACUCCUGUGUCAGUGAAUAUUGCACCAGCCACCCUCACAAUACUUUCAAAGCAGAGCGAGGAGGUGCUGUCAGAGUGCCGGGUGCGUUUCCUGUCUUUCAUGGGGGUGGGAAAAGACGUCCACACUUUUGCCUUCAUCAUGGCGGAGGGUCCCCAGGAUUACACCUGUCACAUGUUUUGGUGCGAACCCAACGCAGCCAGUCUGAGUGAAGCUGUCCAGGCGGCGUGCAUGCUCCGUUACCAGAAAUGUCUGGACGCACGUCCACCCGGCCUGGCCUCCUGCCUGCCCACUCCUCCGGCUGACUCCGUGGCUCGACGGGUCAAGAAGGGGGUGCAGAGUCUGCUGGGCAGCUUUAAGAGCUACAGGUCAGGCCCUCAAUCCCCUUGAGUUGGUCCACACGAGGUCCAUCACCACAGACCCGUCUCCAUGUCACUCCUCCGCCUCAUCUUUCUGCCACAGUUCCGCCUUACGACCGUUUUGCUUGUCUAGUCGUUAGUCUGGUGUGUGGAAUAGUUUGUGAGGAAAAAUAGAUUGCAUUUAUUUCCUAUUUUGGCUUUUGCUUUAUACACCAAUUGUAAACUCCAAUCUCCAAACAGAUGAAACCCUGGCAUCCAUUUGUUUUCUUUGCUGGGAUUCUUUCUGUGAGUCUUAACUAUUUUUGUGUUUUAACAAACAAUGCUAUGAAUGUUGGACAUGGAUGUAAUAUAUAUAUUUACAUGCAAACGCUAGAAUUUGCUUGAAAAAGAGGUUUGCUAGAUUCUCUCUGAGAAAUGCGUCCCCUUCUACGUUCAAACAAGGUACCGCAACACUUGUCAGUUGUCAGUGGGUGGGAAAUAUCCUAAUGUUGAUUAUCUAAAACAUCAUUGCACCUCUCUUCACCAGCCAUAGGUUUUAACUGGAGCGGCGGCGCAGUGGUAGUGCCCCGUGGUUAAACGUCCCAUGCCGCCCCCAACGAUGUAUUUUAGUCUUCCAAAGAGCUGUAAGGUCAUCUGUCACGUAGUGAGCCACCACUGAUUUGGGUGUAGUGUGUCUCAUACAUUCUGCAUGAACAUUUGCAAGUUCAGUGCUAGUGUGCAAUAAUCGGGUGUUCCUGUACGGUGUGGUGAGGCCAUGGCUGCCUCCUGAUUUCAUUCGUUCACUUUAAUGCGAGAGUCUGGCUGGAUUUGGAUGCAAGGCUGACGGAACAAGAGAGCCAUGUUGAACAUCAUUAACUUGUGAUUUUCACACAGCCACGUAUCACCCACAACUACUGAAUAGUACUGUAGAGACUCCCCACAAGCUGCAUGUUUUGAUAGCUUAGAGUUCUUGCUGCACGCAGCAGUGUAGUGCUUAAGACCCAUCAACGUAUCCUGUAAAUUGCGUCUCUGUUUCUCUGUGUGUAGAGCAGCCUGGAGUUGAUGUGUUGUUUCGUGUUUCAUAGGCAUGUCACUCUAGUUGGUGUCAGUGUUUAUCAUAAUCUAGCAGUAGAAAGUUAGCCGUCCUGCGAGUUCCUUCAGACUGAAAAGAUGAGAGCAGGUUAAUGUUUGUAUUUACAGUUUGUGUAUUUGGGAAACCUUGAGAUGAUUUCUCCAGUGGUUUACAUUUUUACUUCUUUCCUUGGCCACCUUCUGACAUGUGUGCGCUUUGGCAAAUCUACACUUAAUGUAUUUUUUUUAUGGUUUCCACACAUUACAAUGAUAUAAGAUGUUAGUUGGUUAGAUUUCAUUUUGUUUUUAUAAAGAAAACACUAAUAGCCAAGUUGUCUGUCAGUGAUAAAUACUGUAUGUAGCACAAUAGUAAUAGUCACCUCUAAGGUUAAAGAUGCAGUUUGUAAGAUUUCAUGGGAAUGUUGAUCUCUGCGGGGUGUUUGUUUGGCCUUGUUUAGACACUGGUAGCUACUUACUAGAUAUCCUCAGCUCGCCGACUGAUUCCACUACAUGAGAGAUUAAAACAUUAAGACAAACCCACAACAUUCAGCAAAACUCCCUACAAAAAUUGUGAAAUGAAUGUAUAAACAUGCAUAAGAAAUACAACAUUGGGUUUAAAUGCGUCGAUGAAACAGUGGUUUCAUAAUAGAUAACUCUGUGUCCACUAUAUCAUGCUGUUAGAAAGUGUCUCAGUGCUGCGUAAUGAUACAUAUUUGGUCUUAAAGCCAUUUUUAGCUAAUCUUGAUUCAUUUACCUGAACUGUUCAAAACCUUUACAUUUCCUGGAUGUUUCUUUUUUUUCAAAAAAAAAUUGAUAUUACUAUAUAUAUUUAUUCAAAGACGUUUUCUGAAAAGAAGUAGCCAUGGAAGAUAUAUUCCCUGUUUGAAUCAUGGAUUUGAAUUAAUCCCACAUUUAGAGGCGGAUUCCGAGCGAUAAAGCCGUCUGUGCGCUGAAUAAACAAUACGCUGCUUUGUGCUGACUGGCUCCCAUUAUCAGAUGUUUUUAACAUUUUAGAAGUUAUCACUAACACUCUUACCAACUGCUUCUUUAUAUGUGUAUGGUAUAUAUAACACUAAUGAAAGUACGUCUACAUUGACUCAAAUUACUGCCAUGUCAUGUGUCACUUGGAAUUUGGUUGCUGUUUCAGAGUGAGCUGUAAAACCAGAUUAAAGAACAUUAGCAGAUUAAUUUAUUUCUGUUCAUGUAAAUUAGGUGAAUAAAAUGUAUGUAUAUAAAAGUCACUGCACAAUAAACGUGAACAUAUCAUA